CAGAGCAACGAAACAAGUUUCGCCAAUGUUUAGCUUGAUGUGCUAUCGUUCGUACAUAAUAUUUAUACGAGUCAGUGGAUGUUAUUCUGGAAAAUUUUAAUUUGUCACUACUUAAUAAGUCCUUAAUGAUUACAAGUAACCAAUAUUGUUUCCAUUUUCAUUUACAGCUAUCGCAUUUACCCACGAUAUUUGCAUCGACUAAUGAGAGUAACAUAAACAGGUCUAUUAAUAAAGUAGAGAAAACAAAUAAGAAAAUAACUUUCAAAACCAAUAAACCGGAGAAUACAUCUGCACAUAAAGUCUCAAAUGAUUCUGAAUCCACUGUAGAUAUUAAAAUCGAUGAUGAAACAACUGAAAAUGCCAAAAUCACAGAAAAAAACGUUGACAAAAAGAAAAAUGUUGCGGAAAAUAAAAGAAUGUCCGCUGAUAAUAAUGUAUUGUUCAAAAAAGAUCAUGAAGAAUCAUUGUAUCAUCCAAUUUAUUCUCUAGAAAACCUUGACUAUUAUCUACGUCAUCCGGAUAAAAUCUCUCCAAAUUUCAAUCCAAUACGAUCCGAUUUCUUACACAAUAAUAUUUACAACACUAAUUCAUUCCAAUCAAAAAUUGUCGAAUUUUUAGAAAACUUUAAACCACUUUCAAGUUUUGCUCUCAAGUUUCCUUAUGAGUUUAUUAAAAUCCUUUAUCCAAAGUUAAAGGGUUCGAGGGAUAGUAUUUCACCACCAGCACAUUUCAAGAAAGAUCCUAUAUUUUCAGAAUCUAAACUAUCGAAAGUAAUAAAAGAUUUCAUAAAAAGAGCUUCACUGUUAUCAGGCGCUCCUCCCUCAGCUGAUCCGUUAGAGAUUUUUAGGAUUUUAAGUCAAGAUAUUCCACAGCGGAAUGUCCCAAGUAGUAACCAAUUAAACCAAUUACAGCAGUUAUCAAACAAUGUGAAAUAUAAUAAUGCCCUUUUUACAGACCGCUCGCAUGACAAAGGUCAUAAAGUUUUUAAUAUGCAGCAGAUAUCUUUUCUUUCUUCGCAAGGUCAGUUACCACAGCAGUUAUUUGAUGCGAUUGAUGAUUUCCUUGGUAAUAUUUCUGCGUCUCAAGACUCGAAAAUAUUGAAAAGCGUCUUUAAUUUAUUUGAGAGACUGCUUAACAUACAUCCAUUUAAAAAUUUACAAUCACAACAAAUACAGCAUUCGACCUAUUCAAAACUAUUUCAACAGCAAUCAGUUGCUCCUAAAUCUUCUCCGAGUCUUGAUGAUAAUAAGAAUGAUUACCUUUCGCAAACAGGCAAACAAGUACAGCAUCCAACCUAUUCAAGUGUACUUCAACAGCAAUCAGUUGCUCCUAAAUCUUUUCCCAGUCUUGAUGAUAAUGACAAUGAUUACCUUUCACAACUAAGUAAUCAAGCAUCUUUUAAAAAUACGCAUGUGUUUCCCGUUAUUCCACCACGGCCUGAUAAUUCACAUGAUAUUUCGACGUCGUUUAUGGAAAAUAAUAGUAAAGUUCCGGGAAAUACUGAGAAUCUGAAAGUUAACGACGACGUUCCAAAAACCAUAUUAUCUUCUGUCAAACACCAAGUUAUAAAAAUUCCAUUGUUGGAAUUGAAAACACCUGUUACUAAGAAUGUUCCACAGACAUCUGAAAAUUUGUCAUCAAAUGACAAUAUUUUAUCAUUGAUAGAUAAUGUCGCAGUGUUACUUAACGAUUCAUUAGCCGAAAAUAUACAAACCAUUGGAAAACUUUUUUUGGCGGGUAAAAACUCGCAAACAGAAGCUGGAAAACCAACCAAAUUUUCUUCUUUAUUGGAUACCAUUCCUUCUAAUCAAAUACAAACUUUUGAAUUUUUUGGUCACGGUCCCUCCCAGCCAGGCACCUUGACUUCGGCUAGCAAGGCAGAUAAAUCUUUGUUAUCUUCAAAGGACACAGAUUCACCCUCAAAAAAUACAGUUACUGAAUUACCAAAACAUAAUAAAAAACCAUCAUCGGUUGACUUAAUUUCUCUAAAUACUCUUAUUUUUAACGAAACAAAAUCUCCUGGAAAUCAUCGUCAUAGUGUUAUCCCUGAAGACAAUCCUACGUCAGACAAUUUUUCUCCUUUUGAAAGUGUACCAAAUUCUGAAAGUUCUCUAAGCAAAUCACUGAAUACUACAGUAUAUUUAGACGUGUCGCUCUCUCCUUUUACUGGGAUUAACGUAAAUAAUAAAAAAUCAAAAGUUCCGAAAAAUAAAACAGCUCAAAAUGGGCAACACGAAAUAAAUUCUGAAGAAAAGUUGGCACAAGUUGGUGAUACGAAAAAGGAAAAAAAUCCAGAUUGUUUGAAAGGAUCCACAUGGAUAAGUAAAUGUUAUAAAUGCAAUUGUUCUGAAGACGGGUUUCCUGACUGCAACAUCAUUCCGGAUUGCGUGUUGCCACCUCGUGAAAAGCCAAUGCUGUGCAAACCUUACACAAACUUUAAUAUGGGGGAGUGCAACUUAUGCACAUGCAGUGGAGAUGGUCUGCCAAUCUGCAAAUUUACUGAUUGUUAUUCACAUGGACAAGACAAUUCAGAGGAAUCGAUUCAGUAUACGACAACACUCAGAGACCAAAAUAAUGAAACAAAAAAAAUGUCUAUACGUAACGAUAACACAAAUGAUGUUCUCAGAUCUGACGAUUCUGAUUAUGAUUCCGAUGGCACAAAUUAUACGAACAGAAAUAUUAAUAGAAAGAAUAAACUGAGCUUUGAUGAUGAAGAUUUUGACACCGUAAAUGAAUAUGGACAUCGAAGAGUGGAAAAAAUACAUUCUACAACAAUUGGUUCACAAAGGUGUGAAGUUGGAAGUGUGUGGGAGAUCAAUUGCUUUAAUUGUUUCUGUGGCUUGACUGGACGGCCGAGUUGCGAUAAGAUGGCUGACUGUUCACUUUUGCCUUAUGGUAAACCAUCGCGUUGUAAGCCUACCGUGGUAUUCCAGAAUAAAUGUGGAGGCACGUGUAAAUGUGACGACGAAGGAGAGCCGUGGUGCGAAGAUUGUUAAUUGAUGAUUAAAUGAAACUAGAGUUUAUUAUUUAACCUAAAUAUAAUAAAGAUAAAAGAUUUUUUUAACGCACAAACUCAACAUAACGCCGCACUAGGGAAACCCUGUGUCGCGUGGGCCACGGACUCACACAUAGACAACCA